AUGCGCUGCACCUCUCUCGUUAUCGCUUCUCUCGUCUCGGCGACAGUCGCCGAUUUUACAUUUUACUGCUGCGCAAGCUCUUAUCCGACUACGAUUACAAAGGGUGACCUUGACUGGGCCCUCACCGCCAAAAACGGCCGAACAGCCGAGAUGGGCAUCGCAGGAGGCGCAAAAUACAGUUGGAUUCAUGGGACGUGCCAUUUUGACAAAAGACCGAUGGUCUGCGCCAGAGUCACUACCACGGCUAGAACAACGGAACGUGGCGGAACAAAACUCAAGGGCAGCAGCGUCAUCUCCUGCGAGGACCCCAAGUACUUGCAAGGCAAUAUCUGGACAUGUCCCUUCUGA